CUAUCUAGACUCCAAACUGAACAAUAGGAGCCAGAGAUUGGAAAAGGAUGCACACUGAUAGAUAUAUCAGAGUUACCCAUUAGAGACCAACCAAACAUCAUUCAUUUUCAUUUCCCUUCUCUUUUAGCUGCCAUUAACGUAUUAAGGAAUCAGGAAUCAUUCUAGUAUCCAUUUCUGGACUCUAAUACAAGCAAGAAGAAGAAUAUGACGAGAAAGAAGAUCCCAAUCAAGAAGAUCGACAACAUAAACGCGAGGCAGGUAACAUUCUCAAAGAGGAGAAAAGGUCUUUUCAAGAAGGCUCAGGAGCUGUCAACUCUCUGUGAUGCUGAGAUUGCUCUCAUAGUCUUUUCCGCCACUGGCAAGCUCUUUGAGUACGCUAGUUCAAGCAUGCAACAAACACUUGAAAGGCGUAAUCAGCAUUCAGGGAUUCAAGGAUUGGAUAAUUCAUCUAUUGGUCAACAGCUUGGAAGUGACUCCUUUGGCAUGCUGCCGUUGCGCAAGGAAAUAGAAGAUAAGACUAAUGAACUGAGUCAGUUGAAUGAGGAAGAGUUGCAAGGAUUGAAAAUAAAAGAAUUGCAGAAACUGGAGGACAUUCUUCAAAGACGUUGGACCACUAUUUCAAAAACUAAGGACGAAAAAGUUAUACAAGAGAUCAACCACCUUAAAACAAAGGAAGCCAAACUUAUGGAAGAGAACCAGAAAUUGAAGCAGAGCUUCUUACAAGAACAAAGGCAAUCAUACGAGUCAUUUACCUGUAGUUCAUCUGAAUUUCCUCCGGACAAUGGUAGUUCAGACACAUCUCUCAAGCUGGGGUUGUCUUUGUUUGAAUGAAACAAAAAUGUUGGUUCAGAAGACUACAAGUGAAUGCAUUUGCUUCUAUUUCUGUCUCAGUCAAGAUCAAUGUUGUUUUCCGCAUUUAACAAUUUGCUGGUGAAUGUACCGCUGGAUUUAUACUGGGAAAAAAAUUCACAGUUGUAGCAACUUAUUUGCUAACCUAAAAAGAACUUUGCUGUUGUCAUUAUGUCA